AUGAGGGUGCUCGGUGCCUUCCCUGAAGCCAUGCCCUCCAGCAGCUCCCGCCCCCCCGCGUGCCUAGCCCCGGUGGCUCUCUUCUUGGCUCUGUUGUUCCAUCUCUCCCUUUCCUCCCGAGCUGGAGACAGGAGACCCUUGCCUGUAGACAGAGCUCCAGGUUUGAAGGAAAAGACCCUGAUUCUCCUUGAUGUGAGCACCAAGAACCCAGUCAGGACAGUCAAUGAGAACUUCCUCUCUCUGCAGCUGGAUCCGUCCAUCAUUCAUGAUGGCUGGCUCGAUUUCUUAAGUUCCAAGCGUCUGGUGACCCUAGCCCGCGGACUCUCGCCGGCCUUUCUGCGCUUCGGGGGCAAAAGGACCGACUUCCUGCAGUUCCAGAAUCUGAGGAACCCGGCGAAAAGCCGAGGGGGCCCAGGCCCGGAUUACUAUCUCAAAAACUAUGAGGAUGAUAUUGUUCGAAGUGAUGUUGCAUUGGAUAAGCAGAAAGGCUGUAAGAUUGCCCAACAUCCUGAUAUCAUGCUGGAGCUGCAAAGGGAGAAAGCUGCUCAGAUGCACCUGGUUCUUCUAAAGGAGCAAUUUUCUAAUACUUACAGUAAUCUCAUAUUAACAGCCAGGUCUCUAGACAAACUUUAUAACUUUGCUGAUUGCUCUGGACUCCACCUGAUAUUUGCUCUGAAUGCACUGCGUCGCAAUCCGAAUAACUCCUGGAACAGUUCUAGUGCCCUGAGUUUGUUGAAGUACAGUGCCAGCAAAAAGUACAACAUUUCUUGGGAGCUUGGUAAUGAGCCAAAUAACUAUCGAACCAUGCAUGGCCGUGCAGUAAAUGGCAGCCAGUUGGGGAAGGAUUACAUCCAGCUGAAGAGUUUGUUGCAGCCCAUCCGGAUUUACUCCAGAGCGAGCUUGUAUGGCCCUAAUAUUGGGCGGCCCAGGAAGAAUGUGAUCGCCCUCCUAGACGGAUUCAUGAAGGUGGCAGGAAGUACGGUGGAUGCAGUUACCUGGCAACAUUGCUACAUUGAUGGCCGGGUGGUCAAGGUGAUGGACUUCUUGAAAACUCGCCUGUUAGACACACUCUCUGACCAGAUUAGGAAAAUUCAGAAAGUGGUUAAUACAUAUACCCCUGGAAAGAAGAUUUGGCUUGAAGGUGUGGUGACAACCUCAGCUGGAGGCACAAACAAUCUAUCAGAUUCCUAUGCUGCAGGAUUCUUAUGGUUGAACACAUUAGGAAUGCUGGCCAGUCAAGGCAUCGAUGUAGUGAUCCGGCAUUCAUUUUUUGACCAUGGAUACAAUCAUCUUGUGGACCAGAACUUUAACCCCUUGCCAGACUACUGGCUCUCUCUCCUUUACAAGCGCCUCAUUGGCCCCAAAGUCUUGGCUGUUCACGUAGCUGGACUCCAGAGGAAGCCACGGCCAGGCCGAGUGAUCCGAGACAAACUAAGGAUUUAUGCACACUGCACUAACCACCACAACCACAACUAUGUCCGUGGAUCUAUCACACUUUUCAUCAUCAACCUGCACCGAUCAAGGAAGAAAAUCAAACUGGCUGGGACUCUCAGAGACAAGCUCGUACACCAGUAUCUGCUGCAGCCAUAUGGACAAGAGGGUCUAAAAUCCAAGUCAGUGCAACUGAACGGGCAGCCCUUAGUGAUGGUGGACGAUGGGACCCUGCCAGAGCUGAAGCCUCGCCCGCUGCGGUCUGGCCGGACACUGGUCAUCCCUCCAGUCAGCAUGGGUUUUUAUGUGGUCAAGAAUGUCAACGCUCUGGCCUGCCGCUACCGAUAA